AUGCGUAGGGACAACGUGCCGACGAGUGUUAAAUGUCAUGAUGCUGUCCUUAUCACGACGCUCUUCGCUGGCACCACGGUAAUAUAUAAGCUGGCCAGAAAGAUGAUCCAAAGUGGGAUUCGGCUUCCUAGCGUGAAGAACGUUCUCGUCGUCGCCAGUCGCGUAACAGAAAAGGCCGCAGAAACUAUCUUAUCUGCAUUCUGCCUAAAAAGCUUCAGGAGCAUGUACGGGACGACAGAACACUCGAACGUGAUCUCCUGGCUGCCGCGCGACACAACAGAGCACAAAACAAUCGGGUUCCCGGCUCCAAACGUGCAAAUGAAGAUCGUUGAACUUGACACUGGAAAAGUACUUGGACCUAACGAGCACGGAGAACUCUGGGCCAAGUCACCCACCAAUAUGAGAGCCUACCACAACAACCCAGAGGCGACUGUCGAAGUGAUUACUUCCGAUGCCUGGCUCCGAUCAGGAGACAUUGCAUACUACGAUGAAACCGGGCGCUUUUACAUCGUGGAGCGAAUUAAGCAAUUUUAUCACUGCAUGGGACGGCAAGUUGCCCAGUCAGAUGUUGAAACUGUUUUGUUGACUCAUGAGAGCGUCGAGGAAGCAGCAGUUAUUAGUCUGCCCCACGUGGAAUAUGGCGACGCGGGAAAGGCCUUCGUAGUCGUGAAACCAUGUCACAAAGGACCUCGAGGAACCACAGCCGAGGACUUGCAGCAGUUUGUCGCAGGUACCGUCAGACAAAUACUGACGUAA